UUCAUCUCAUAAAUUAAUGGCGAGUCGAGGUACAUAUAAACCCUAUCACGCAAAAUAAGUUUCGUUCUUAUCCAAUUUAAUUGUAGAGAGAGAGAGGGAGAGGGAGAGGGAGAGGGAGAGAGAUCUCUGAUCAGCCAUGGAUCCUUACAAGUAUAUCCCCUCGAGCGCCCACAAUUCCAGUUUCUGGACCACCAACUCCGGUGCGCCCGUUUGGAACAACAAUUCGUCGCUCACCGUUGGAUCUCGAGGACCUAUACUUUUGGAGGAUUAUCACUUGAUUGAGAAGCUCGCUCAGUUUGAUAGGGAGAGAAUCCCUGAGCGAGUUGUUCAUGCUAGGGGAGCCAGUGCCAAGGGUUUCUUUGAGGUCACUCAUGAUAUUUCCCACCUUACCUGCGCCGACUUCCUUCGGGCACCAGGUGUUCAAACUCCAGUUAUCGUACGCUUCUCUACUGUUAUUCAUGAACGUGGGAGCCCUGAAACCUUGAGGGACCCACGUGGGUUUGCAGUGAAGUUCUACACUAGAGAGGGCAAUUUUGAUCUUGUUGGAAACAAUUUCCCAGUGUUUUUUGUCCGUGAUGGAAUGAAAUUCCCCGACAUGGUCCAUGCUCUUAAACCGAACCCUAAAUCCCACAUCCAGGAGAACUGGAGAAUCGUUGACUUCUUCUCACAUCACCCCGAGAGUUUGCACAUGUUCGCCUUCCUCUUUGAUGAUGUUGGCGUUCCUUUAAACUACAGGCACAUGGAUGGCUUUGGUGUCAACACUUACACACUACUCAGUAAGGAUGGAAAGGCUCACUAUGUCAAAUUCCACUGGAAACCGACUUGUGGUGUGAAGUGCUUGUUGGAGGAUGAAGCUAUAACUGUAGGAGGCAGUAAUCAUAGCCACGCCACUAAGGAUUUGUAUGAUUCUAUUCAAGCUGGGAAUUACCCAGAAUGGAAACUUUUCAUUCAGACUAUAGACCCGGACCAUGAAGAUAGGUUUGAUUUUGACCCUCUUGAUGUGACCAAGACAUGGCCAGAAGACAUUAUUCCUCUCCAGCCAGUUGGAAGGAUGGUCUUGAAUAAGAACAUUGAUAACUUCUUUGCCGAGAAUGAGCAGCUUGCUUUUUGCCCAGCUAUUGUGGUGCCUGGAAUUCAUUAUUCAGAUGAUAAACUUCUCCAGACUAGAAUAUUCUCCUAUGCUGAUACGCAGAGGCACCGCUUGGGGCCAAAUUAUUUGAUGCUUCCUGUGAAUGCACCGAAAUGUGCUCAUCACAACAAUCAUCAUGAUGGGUUUAUGAAUUUUAUGCGCCGGGAUGAAGAGGUUAAUUAUUUCCCUUCGAGAUUUGAUCCAGUUCGACAUGCUGAGAGGUUCCCAAUUCCUCCCUGCGUUCUCUCUGGAAGGCGUGAAAGAUGCGUAAUUGAGAAGGAGAAUAAUUUCAAACAGCCUGGGGAGAGAUAUCGGUCAUUCGAUCCAGACAGGCAAGAGCGCUUCAUCCAGCGUUGGGUCGAUGCUUUGACUGAUCCGCGGGUCACCCACGAGCUCCGCAGUAUCUGGAUCUCAUACUGGUCCCAGUGCGACCAGUCUCUGGGUCAGAAAUUGGCGACUCGGCUCAGCGUCAAACCAAACAUGUAAAGUUGGGAAUGGCAGCUUCGUGUGAUAGUCAACGUGUCAGCAUGCUGAGUCCAAUAUCAAGCAGUGUUACAGAAAGAAAUAAAUGAUGUAAUAACGUGCACCUUUCUUCACAUGUUUUGUAUUGUGUUUCAGAACCAUCUUCGUUCUCCUCUGCAUUCUUGCUGUAGCUGUUAUAUUUGCGA